AUGGGUUCUAAGAUGGAAGGUACUUCUACACCAGCUGUUCGACGGGAUCCUUAUGAGGUUUUAUCCGUUUCGAGGGAAUCAACCGAUCAGGAAAUUAAAACCGCUUACAGAAAGCUUGCUCUAAAGUAUCAUCCUGACAAGAAUGCCAGCAAUCCUGAAGCUUCAGAACUAUUCAAAGAGGUUGCAUAUUCUUAUAAUAUCUUAUCUGACCCAGAGAAGAGAAGGCAGUAUGACAGUGCAGGAUUUGAGGCAUUGGACGCUGAUAGCAUGGACAUGGAAAUCGAUUUAUCUAAUCUUGGGACUGUGAACACGAUGUUUGCAGCUUUAUUCAGCAAGCUUGGUGUCCCUAUCAAGACUACCAUUUCAGCUAAUGUUCUUGAAGAGGCUUUGAAUGGCACAGUUACUGUCAGACCCCUUCCAAUUGGAACAUCAGUUAGUGGAAAGGUAGAGAAGCAAUGUGCUCAUUUUUUUGGCGUGACAAUAAGUGAGCAGCAAGCUCAGUCAGGGAUUGUAGUUAGAGUUACUUCAACUGCACAAAGCAAAUUCAAGUUGCUCUAUUUCGAACAAGAUGCAAACGGUGGCUAUGGUUUGGCCUUGCAGGAAGAUAGUGAGAAGACUGGGAAGGUGACAUCUGCAGGAAUGUACUUCUUACAUUUUCAAGUGUACCGAAUGGAUUCAACCGUGAAUGCGUUAGCAAUGGCAAAGGAUCCUGAAGGGGCUUUCUUUAAAAGGUUGGAAGGUCUUCAACCUUGUGAAGUAUCGGAACUAAAGCCUGGCACACAUAUAUUUGCUGUUUAUGGAGAUAACUUCUUUAAGACAGCUAGCUAUACAAUUGAAGCAGUAUGUGCAGAAACACUUGAAGAUACCACCGAAAAGCUUAAGGAUAUUGAGGCUCAAAUUUUAAGAAAGAGGAAUGAGCUGCGCCAAUUCGAAACAGAGUAUAGAAAGGCAUUGGCACGCUAUCAAGAAGUGACAGACAGAUACACAAAAGAAAAACAGUCUGUAGAUGAGCUUCUGAAACAAAGGGAUGGUAUCCAUUCGACCUUCACCAUUGUUAAGCCAACCAAUAUUAGUGGAAGUGGUAGUAAUUUAAGCAAUGGAAGUUCUAGCAAAAUUUCCGGUGAAGAUUCCAAAGGUGAGAGCCCCGGGGAAGAUGCAGGGUCAGAUGGCAGGGAUAAAUCAGGCAAAAAGAAAUGGUUCAACCUUAAUCUUAAGGGUUCAGGUUCGGGUUCUGAUAAGAGGUUGAUAUGA